GGAAGCUAUAGUGUCGUGUGGAAUUUCACUUUUUCUUCUAUAGCUUUUGAGAUUGUAGAGAGCAUUUAAUAGUAAUCAAGACAUUGAAUAAAACAGUCGGGCUAUUUAACUUCUCGCUCAUAUUUAAUUUACUAAAUUCGCGUGUGACUUCUUAUAAAGAAUAGUCGUCAAAGUUUGAAUAGGAGAUCUAUUACUCUUUGCGAUUAGUGAGGAACAAAUCAAUUUAAAAUCCACAAAUCUACAACAAAGGAACAAACUUAAAUUUCUAUUUAAUAUUUUUAUUAUUGAAAAAAAAAGUUCAGAAUGAAUAAAUUUGGAAUUCUAGCUGCUAUUAUCUGCGUAUUUGCCUCUGUAUCAGCUGAUACAUGUGAUGUCUCAGCACGCGAACAUCUUAACAACAUUGAAUUUGUUGACAUGAAGAAAGGAUGUGUUCAAUUAACAGAAGAUCAAAUCAAGAAGGAAAUUACAGCAUCAUUGAAAUAUCUUAGUUAUGGAGCAUACUUCAGCCAAGACAAUGUCAAUCGUCCUGGAUAUGCUAAAUUCUACUUCGAUGCUGCAUCUGAGGAACGUGAGCAUGCACAUAAGCUCAUUGAAUACUUGCAAAUGCGCGGCAGAUAUUUCGACAUUCAAGAUACGAUUAUUAGCAACAUCAAUAUUGGUCAAUUGAUUAAGGAAUCAGAACAAGCUAAGGCACUCGGACUAGAUCAUGGUUGGAUGAAAGCACCAGAGCCACGUGCCAAUGGACUUUCAGCUGGUAUGGAAUCAUUGAGAACUGCCUUAAAAAUGGAAUAUGCAGUCACUGAGAGCAUCAGAAAUUUGAUCAUUGCCUGCGAAGCUGAGAAGGUUGAUGGCAAGAAUGAUGAAGUCUUCAAUGACUACCACUUCGUUGACUACCUUACCGGUGAGUUCUUGACAGAACAAUACAAGGGCAAGCGUGACAUUGCCGGAAAGAUUUCAACUCUCGGAAAGAUGAUCAAGGAUAACGGUGGUGAGCUGGCUGACUUCUUAUUCGAUCAGAAAUUACAGUAAAUCACUCAACAAACCUUUGUACAUUACUGAGUUAAAUCUGCAUUAAAUUCACCGAGAAAUUUUUGUUAAUAAACUGAGUAAAUCAAUGUGAUAAGUCCAUGUAAUAAAGAAAGGUCAGAUUUGACUGGUGUAUUUUAGAAAGACUUUCCAUUUUCAUGAAUUAUAAACAAUAUUAAAAUCUAUUAAAAUAAAUAAAAUAAUAAUUUGUAGUAAAAACAAAUAGUCAUGCUGUAAGUUUCCAUAUCAUUUUGCUUCGUAAUAAAUUUUCUAUCGAAAACUUUUGCGUUUUUAUCUCUAUAUUUUAUUUUUUGAAAAUUUGGCAUGAGUUUUGUAUAUGUACAUAAGUAAUAAAUAAAGUUUAACUGAUUUUAUAAACAA